AGGCUCAGCAGUAUUAUUGGUCAUAGUCACAGGUGCGUGUUUGGGCACCAUAAUCGAGUGCGCGAGUCUGCUGUCUAUAGGGAGUACACUGGAUGGAUGUCGGGGCAUUGCACGUGUGUCCAGCAGCCUGUUGCGGUGUGUCGUGUUAGUACCGUGAUGGAUGGGACGCUUCAUCUGUGCAGCCACAAUAUGGAAUAUUUGGACGGCUAGAUGGUGCACUUUCGAAACAACAACAAAAGACGAAGCUAAAUGACAUUAUGUAGGAGAGUGGAAUUAUGGGACAUGUCGUUUUCACCAUCCAGAGGCGUAUGGAGAUCGCCCAUCAUGUUCACGGACGAGAACUGCAAUGCAUGCGGAGAACCCAACCUCACACCUGAGAAACCCAAAGCAAUGCAGCAGUGAUACCAACAAACUCCAGAAACACAAUGGAAGAUCUUCCAUCCUGACCGGUCGCCAUGCAUAAAAAUCGGUGGUGUGUUGACGUACCAACAUAAACGGAUCGUCCACUGAAGCUGUGCUCCGAUUGGCUGUGCCAGCAUGCCCGUCUGCCAUCUGUUGUGACUGGCCUCUGGCAGCAGCAUGCGUCCAUGGCCGGGCUCAUGGCGCUGGAUAGCGCUGGUUCUCUUGGCCUGGGGGACGUUGCUCUUUUAUAUCGGGGGUCAUCUGGUGAAGGACGGCGACCGCGCGCCCCGCUCCAGCCGCGAGCUGGCCAAGAUCCUGACCAAACUGGAGAGAUUGAAGCAACAGAACGAAGACCUACGGCGCAUGGCCCAGUCGCUACGGAUUCCUGAAGGACAGUCGGACGGGCCCGUGUCCUCAGGAAGACUUCGAUCUCUUGAAGAACAGCUGAGCCGAGCCAAACAGAAGAUCCACGGUUUCCAGAGACUCUCGGGAGAAGUGGGUCCCGGUGGAGACCAGGAGGAGUUGAGGAGGAAGGUGGAGAAUGGAGUGAGAGAGCUGUGGUACUUUAUUCGCAGCGAGAUCCAGAAGAUGAGUCACGUCACGCCGGCGGGCCGACAGAAACACGCCGAUGUGCUGCUGCAGGACCUCGGCCAUCAACACAGAAGCAUCAUGAUGGAUCUUUAUGAGUUGAGUCAGGCAGAUGGAGCAGGUGACUGGAGAGAGAAAGAAGCUAAACAUCUUUCCAGUCUGGUGCAGAACAGAAUCUCUUACCUGCAGAACCCGCAGGACUGCAGUAAAGCCCGUAAGUUAUUGUGUAACAUCAAUAAAGGUUGUGGGUACGGCUGUCAGCUCCAUCAUGUGGUCUACUGCUUCAUGAUCGCUUACGGCACAGAGAGGGUUUUGAUUCUUGAGUCCCACAACUGGCGUUACGCCCCAAACGGCUGGGAGACGGUGUUCCGACCCGUCAGCGACACCUGCACGGACCGAUCCGGAGUCACGACUGGACACUGGUCAGGUGAAGCUCAUGAUCGUGAUGUUCAGGUGGUGGAGUUGCCUAUCGUGGACAGUCUUCAUCCCAGACCUCCGUAUCUUCCUCUCGCUAUCCCUGAAGACCUGGCGGCCCGUCUGCAGAGGCUGCACGGUGACCCGUCCGUCUGGUGGGUGUCUCAGUUUGUAAAGUAUCUGGUGCGUCCGCAGGCGUGGCUGGAAAAGGAGAUUAGAGAAACGGGCGUCAAACUGGGCUUUAAACAUCCCAUAAUUGGGGUUCACGUCAGGCGGACAGAUAAGGUUGGAACAGAAGCAGCGUUUCACCCGAUCGAGGAGUACAUGGUACACGUCGAGGAGCAUUUUCAGUACAUGUCUCAGAGGAUUCACGUGGAUAAAAAGCGCGUGUACCUGGCAACCGAUGACCCCUCGCUGUUACAAGAGGCUCAAACCAAGUAUGCAGAUUAUGAGUUCAUCAGUGAUAACACAAUCUCUUGGUCGGCCAGUUUACACAACCGCUACACUGAGAAUUCACUUCGAGGCGUCAUACUGGACAUCCACUUCCUGUCCCAGACUGACUUCCUGGUGUGCACCUUCUCCUCACAGGUGUGUCGUGUGGCUUAUGAAAUCAUGCAGACCCUUCAUCCGGAUGCGUCUUCCUUCUUUCGAUCGUUGGAUGACAUUUACUACUUUGGCGGACAGAACGCACACAACCAGAUGGCCGUCUACUCUCACCAGGCGCGGACGGCCGAGGAGAUCCCGCUUGAGCCGGGAGACGUCGUGGGUGUGGCUGGAAACCACUGGGACGGGUUCUCCAAAGGGAUCAACCGCAAACUGGGACGAACUGGCCUGUAUCCCUCUUAUAAAGUGAAGGAGAAGAUGGAGACUGUGAAAUACCCCACAUACCCCGAAGCAGACAAACUCCUGAGCUUAUAGACACAUUUAGUGUGUGUGUGUGUGCGUGUGCAUGUGCGUGUGUGUGUGUGUGUGUGUACAACGCACUGCGUUGUGUGUUUGUAUAAAUGAAUUAUGAUCUCAACGACUGUUCAGAGACGCCACUGAGAAACAAAUCAACAAAUGAAAAACUCUUUUUAAUACGUUGAGGUGUUUUUUUACUUUUUGUUUAUUCUACAGAUGUUUGUUUCUUUGUCUUUGUUUACAAAAAAUAUGGCUUAUAUUUAACCCCAAAAUCAAAAGAAAGAAAUAUGAUGUUUAAAGAAAGUCAAGCCGCUCUGUGAUGAUUCUGAUGAAGCUUAUUUUCCCUCAUAAAUGCUCUUGACUGUAAUUAGAAAAAUAUUGUUAUUUCAACAUCAUGGUAGGAUUUGUUGUACUGCCUUUAGUUUAUGCUUUAAGGAAAACAGAUGAAGUACAGUGAUGGGAGUCGGGGAGAAAUUUGCCUAAUUUAUGUGAAAUGAUGAGAUGUCUGCUUAAUAACGUCAAUGGAAAAUCCUUGAAAAAAAUAGAAAUCAUUUUAUAUGCAAAUGACAUUUUCUUAGUGAUUUUUGCGUGUAAUGUGAUAUUGAGAUCACACCUCACGCUGUGGUUCUCAUUUCUUUCUUUCAUCUGUCAGAUCUCAAUCCAUGUGUGUGUUAUUUACUGCGCAUCUUAUACACUUCCUGAAAUGAAGGAAACUCGUUUUGCAGAACAUCAUUUAAAAAGAAAUGAAAUAAUAAAUGGAUAGAAUCUCAUGAAUGUGCCAUCAGAGACUAAAUUACCCAUCAGAUUCCUUUAGUGAUCAUUAUCAGAUGAAAUCGUUUAAUGUGGUGACUGAAACUAAAGUCUCGGUUUUAUAGUCAAAUAUUCACUUGAAGUGUCCACAGUGGAAAGUCAACAUGAAAUCAGAUUCGUUCCUAAUGUAUUUACUUUAUUUCACACGGUUGCUUGCUUGUUUUUGUUUCGGCGCAUGUUUUCAUAAAGAAGAAAAGUUUGUCUUUGUAAUCUUUCAUCAAACUGUAAUAACUCUUUUGACACAAUGUCCCUUUCACGCUGAUGUCGUGAAGAGGUUUUUCAAUAUAACUUUGUGCAAAGAUUCCCAUCAAAUCUUGAUGCGUCAACUAUAUGCCUGGUUAUUUUCUCAUAUAAGAUGCACAUUCACUGGAUUUUGUUUCUGGAUUGAAGCCGUUUGGUGCUGAAGGCAAAUCUCUAAUAGUGUUCAUUCUUUCUUUUAUUUAUUUAUUUAUUAUUUUUUGCUGAAAUGAGUUGAACUUUCUUUUGUAAUGAAGAUUAAUAAUGUUGAUUAUCAAGAAAUUUUUCAGAUGCUUUGUUUUAGGGUAAUGUCGUCUAAACCACAGAUGGGAGGAAUAUUCCUGAUGGUUGUGAUGUUCAGAAACUGCUGGUGUGUCUGCACUAGGAACUUCAUUAUUUUCCUUUCAUCAUAACACAAUGCAAGAGAAACAUCAGACAGACAUCAAAGUUCAGAUGUAAUGCCACCUGCAAGAGAGUCGUGCACAGCCGACCCCGCAGCUGAGACGGAUGAGAGUGAUGCUGUGGAAGAAACUGCAUUUGGUAAUAUUUAUUGAGCUACAGUUAAACCGCCGCUAGAGGGCGCACCAUCAAAACAACAACAAUGCCGUAGCUUGAUGACGCUGUGAAGGAGCGUGGAAUGAUGGGAUCUGUUGUCUUCAUGGC